AUGCAGGUAAGGCAUGCCCAAGGGAUUCACAACGUGGAAGGGGAAAAGGACCACAAUGCAUACUUAUCUUAUGAUCUUUUUGAUGCACACCUUUCCCCUCUUGGCUGGAAGCAGGUUGAUAAUCUGCGUACGCAUGUUCAAUCAAGUGGACUUUCCAAAAGAAUUGAUUUAGUCAUUGUUUCCCCUUUGUUAAGGACUCUGCAAACAGCAGCUGGAGUCUUUGGUGGUGAAGCAUAUACAGGUGGGGUAAAUGUGCCUCCUCUAAUGGUUGCAAAUACGGGGAACAGUGACCAUCCAGCAAUUUCAAGCCUAAAUUGCCCACCAUUUUUAGCAGUAGAGCUUUGCCGAGAACAUUUGGGGGUUCAUCCAUGUGAUAAGAGACGGAGCAUUAGGGAAUAUCGCCCUCUUUUUCCUGCAAUUGAUUUUUCACUGAUAGAAAGUGAUGAUGACAUUUUGUGGAAGACUGACAUUAGAGAGAAGAAUGAAGAAAUUGCUGCCAGGGGAAUGAAGUUUUUGAAAUGGUUGUGGACACGUGAAGAGAAGGAGAUUGCAAUCGUCACCCACAGCGCAUUCUUGCUUCAUGCCCUAAGUGCUUUUGGAAAUGAUUGUCAUCCGUCUGUGAAGACUGAAAUAUGCGCACCUUUUGCGAAUUGUGAGCUUCGGUCAGUGGUCAUCAUUGAUAGGAGCCUGAAGGCAUCUGCUUCCUCAACGACUAACUAACUCUAAGCCUAUAACGAUGGUCAAGAUGUAAUAAACUUAAAUAC